UGACAGCCGGCCUUGUCUACAAAGGGACAUUUACUGCCAGCAUCGGCUAGUUGUUUUUGCUUUGACUUUGGUCAGUCAUAACGAUUAUAAAGACGUUUGGUAAUCCAUCGGGAACCUCCGGGGCCACAGAACAAAACACCGUCUGGAGAAACGUUGCCGCUGUUUGUCUCGGAAGAACUUGCAGUGUAUUCCUCAUAGAAUAUGAAUCAAAACUGACGGACGAAUCCAGCAUUUGGUGAAACAUUGUAUAAAUUUCAAAUGCAGCAAUUGAUUAAUUAUCAAUUUGGAACAUAAUCACUGUAACGUUAAACUGUUAUAUCGGUGGGAAUGAUGGGCCGCUACCAUUAGUACGCCAGUCAUCUUUAGAAUCUAUUCUAAUUCGCGUAUAAAAGUUUCUAAUAAAAUCCAAUGGAAGUAAAUGGAGGAAAAUUCGUAUUGUCUAAAUGUCGGAUGGCGUUGUGGAUUGGAAUUUUAGUAUUCGCUCUAGUUUUACCGGAUGAAGUACUUACUAGUCACAUGUCCACCAUCGACGAACGCACUGGAAUCAGUCCACGUGACGGUGUCUCAAAUACCCGGACGUCAAGUCGAAAUACCCGGAAUAGGAGCGGAGUACAGUCAGCGUCUGCAGCGAGUCCCAGCCGAGCGACUAGCCGUCUAGGAGAGAGGGGAGGUAACCAAGUGUCUGAAAGAUGCAUACCAGGACGAACCUGCGAGCAAUCGCUGGCAAAUACAAGAUCGUCUGUGAGAACAAAUGGCCGUGUUGUCGCAACCUCCCAAGGGUCCCAAAGAAGGGGGUCCCCAAGAAUAUUAUCAAUGUCUUCACGUGCCAGGGUUUCAUCUCGAACAAGCACGCCAUCACGUGCAAGCGCAUCGUCACGUUCUAGAUCAACACCACGCAACAUUGCCAUAUCGCGUGCUAGCGAACCGGCACGUACCUCUGUAUCAAGGGCAGAUCAAGUGGCGUCACGUAGUGGCACGUCGUCUCGUGGAAGUGUUUCUAAUGCGCCUUCACGUGCAGGCGUGGCAGUACGUUCUAGUGGAUCUAUUCGCAACAGCGCGUCUUCUCGUUCUAGGGUACCGUCUCGUGUGUCUUCACGAACAGGUGCAUCUUCAGUAGCGGCAGUUUCACAGCGUACUGAACGUCGUCCAGCAGUUUCGUCUAGGAGUCGUGCACGUAGUUCCUCUUCAGGAGUUGCAGUACGUGAACCGUCAGCAUCCGGAACGUCAUCACGUGCAUCAUCUUCAACUGGAACGUCCUCACGUACCUCAUCACGUGCUCCAUCACGAGCUCCAUCACGAGCUCCAUCACGAGCUCCAUCACGAGCCCCAUCACGUGCCCCAUCACGUGCCCCAUCACGAGCCCCAUCACGUGCCGCAUCAAUCACCGCAUCACGUGACACGUCAUUGCAGUCAUCUCGUGGUUCGUCUUCAACGGUUGGAACGUCGUCCAGGGAUACAUCUCGAGGGACAUCUAGAGUCUCCUCGCGUGGUAAUUCCGUAGCGGUAAACAGGGCUUCGUCCCGACGUACUUCUGGAAACACACCCGCAAGAGGGAGCACUGUUCAGAGGUCUAACAGAGGACAAGGGACACGAACCUCUAACACCCCACGGAUAAGAGCAGUAGCGACAAAUGAAGCCCGAAGCCGUUCGAAUAAUCGAGGUAGUGGUAACCCAGGAACGGGCAUCACAGGUAAUAACGCAUUACCGCCAUCAGUAAAUAGAUUUUUAAAUGAACUAAAAUCAUCAAUGCCAGGAUCGGUCGGUGUAGGUGUUGGUAUGAGUAUGUCAGAAGGAAAAAGAAGGUCAUCUAACAACAGACAAUCGUCAGGAAGCAGAUCUCGUUCAUCCAGUUCAAGUAAUGGUAGGGGAACCGCAGUUAAUCAACGUUUAACCGGAACUAGUACAAGAAGAAGGACUUCGGGUCCGAGGGCAGGAACCCGAGGCUCUCAGCGUGCUGUCGCUGUGGAUAGAAUUCAACCAAUCAUCCAACCAAUAAUUCGACCGACUUUCAAUGAUGCUGGAGUAGGAAUCGAUAACCAGGGAUUUGGAGUUCAGGAUAAUCUUCUAACUACGGAUGCAUUUAUUGCAAAUGAUUUUUCUGACCCUAACGGUUUAUCGUUUUCUGGAAAUGACAGAAAUCUCUUUGUUGAUAGUCAAGUCGGAUCUGCUGUAGGAAUCAAUGACGGUUUCUCGAUGAAUUCUUUGGAUCUUGCAGUACCGGUAUCUAAUAUAAAUCAGGGCAUUAUUCAAAAUCUGGAUCAGUUUGUCCCCCAACAAAAUCGGUUUGUACAAGACAGCAUUAUCCCACAAAAUCAAAUACAAAGUAAUCAAUUUACUCAAGGUCAGAUACAGCCAAAUGCGGUCAUACAAGGAACCAGUCAGUUGGAUACGUUUGCCCAAGGUCAGGGUAUUGGUAUGCAUAGUCAUGCUAGUAACGACGGCACAAUAGUAGGCGUAAUGAAUGAGGUGUUACAGCCAAACAAUCAACAAAUUGUUAUGGACAUGCAAGGAAUUCAAACACUGACACGACCAGUCGAUCCAGUUGGUGGGAUUCGACACAAUGUGAUAAGCACAAGCCAAGGACAAGGCCAAAUUGCAGGACAACCCGUACCUGUUGACCCUAUUAUUCGUAAUGAUCAGUUUAUUCAAGGAAAUACAGUAGGUAAUGUCUUCGGGCAAGUUAAUGUUCAGAGCCAAGGACAUUCUCCGAUUCAGCAAAUUCAACAACCAAUUCAGCAAGUACAACAGCCAAUUCAGCAAGUACAACAGGCAAUUCAACAAUUACAACAGCCAAUUCAACAAGUACAACAGCCAAUUCAACAAGUACAACAGCCAAUUCAACAAGUACAACAGCCAAUUCAACAAGUACAAGGCCAAGGAAAUCUAAAUCAAUCACCAGUUCAACCCACAUUUGUCAAUAGUAAUACACAGGGAACUCUCCAGUCGACGAUUGGCUCAAACACAAUGCAGGUUCCACAUCAGGCUAUCAACCACCAUGCUGCAGUUCCAUCGAUUGCUGUUCAGGACACCAGUAAUACAGGGACAGUUAACCAACGGCAAGGUCAACUUCAAUCUCAUCUACAAACUAUAGCAGUCAACUCGCCGCAACAACACAGCGGACAGCUACAGCAAAAUAUUGGAGUACAAACUCAGCAGGUUGGUAUCCAAAACGACAUAUUACAGAGCCAACCUGUUGGAUUAUCUCAAUCCCAACACGUAAAUUCUGUACAAACAUUUGGCGUGAACCACAAUAAUGGAAUACAGCAUCAGCCUGUCGGAGUGUCGCAAAGUCAGCUCGGAAAUUCUGUGCAAACAGUCGGCGUGAACCAGAAUAAUGGAGGACAGCAUCAGCCUGUCGGAGUGUCGCAAAGUCAGCUCGGAAAUUCUGUGCAAACAGUUGGCGUGAACCACAAUAAUGGAAUACAGCAUCAGCUUACCGGAGUGUCUCAAAGUCAGCUCGGAAAUUCUGUACAAACAGUUGGUUCGAAUCAAAAUCAAUUUUCGACGAACAUAAAUGACUUGCAACAUAAUUUCCCUAUCCCCAAUGCACCUGUACAGGAUCAGGGUCAGGUUCAACAAGUUCAAGGCCAAAUGGUCCAGGAGCAAAAUGUGCUUGUCAAUUCUGGCGCCAUUGGUCAGUUCAUUACUCCACAACCCUUGGACCAGUCACCAAGUCAGGUCAACAGCUUCCAAAGUAACAACAUACAGACUUCCGGCGUCAUCCAUCCAAAUCAAAAUGUUCAUCAACUUUUAGGUUCACAGUUAGGAGGAGGACAAACAGUUGUUAAUAGCAACGGCCUUAGUGCACAAACAAAUGUACAUACCCCACUUAUCCAGUCAUUUGACCAGCAGCAACAACUACAUUCAGCGGUAGGAGCCGGCUCAAAUACUUUCACACAACCAUUGAAUCAAAUAUCUAACCAACCGUUAAAUACUUUUAUAGCGGGAGGAAGUUCAAAUACCAAUACGCAACCGUUAAUACAGACACUGAAUCAACAGACGAAUCAGCAAUCCCUUUCGGGACAGGUAUUGAGCAAACUACAAAAUGCACAGACCAUUCACCAGAUACACAGUCUACUUACUGGUCAACCGACAAAUGUUGUGUCUUCAAACCCAUCCUCAACAGGGUCUAUUGGAACAAUCGGUGGUCAGACCUUCCAAGGAAUUGCACCAGCUGCCCCUGCACAGAGCUCUCUUUUGAACCAAGUGACAUCCUCCCCAAAUAGUGCAUUUAAUAGCAUUACAACACCUAAUCCUAACAAGAGAAUGGUCAUCCAGAUAGAUCCGAACUCUAAAGGUGUUCAGAUCGUCCCUGAUGGAAUGGGUGGGGUAAGGGUUAUAAGCCUUCGUGAGGCUGUCACAGUCAGCCCGUUCGGUAAUGAUACCAAUACAAAUUUAAUGGCGUUGCUUGACACACCUACACAGAGUCAAAAGCCUCCCUUGUCUGUUCCUAUUGGAUCGUCAAUCAAUAGUCAAUCGGUGUCCUUAACGAAAGCAGUGAACACAAAGCCUACAGUCAAGAGGCCUGCAAACUGGGAGGCAGAACCAGAAAUAAAUACUGGGGUUACCGACAUUCCGGAAGAACUUGAGAUAAAUGGUACCAGUCCGGAUGGAGCACCUCCAAAUGCCGGACUCGACGCAGGCGCAGUACCGACAAAUGUGCCUACAGCAGCAUUUUUACCUGUGACGGCUAAAGUAAUGUAUUCUCCGGAUGUGUUAACAACACCAACGACUCCGGGUGUUAGUGUAGGAGUAACAGAGGUAGCAAUUUCUUCAGAGGCGCCAACAAAGCCACAGAAGACAUCUAGCGAUGACGAUGAAGAUGAAUCCAACUUUACGGGAAGUAUUGAGACAAUAAAUAUUAUAGAUCCCUUCUACGGUGGCAUGCGACGUGAGCUGGUGCGUAACACCAACGUAAUUCAAGAUCUUAUCAAUAGACUGGCGGUGAUUGAGUACAACAAGAGCAGACAAGCUAUAGACAAGGUGUCCAAAGAAAAACAAAGUGCAGCUAUGAUGGUUAACAGUGUACUAGCCGAAUUAGUCAAACUUGAAAAUAGUACAACUGCAGAUGAGAAGAUGUUUCACAAUUUUGUAAGUAGAAGAUCUACAAUAAGUACAGUUCGUCAAACAGGAGUUACACCAAAGACGACCACAACAACACCUACACCGGUCGUCAAUGGCACACUGUUUACUGGCAACAAGGACACAGUCUCCGCUAUUAACAAUAACGCCACUCAGAAACCCCUCUCAAUUGGGGAUAUCCAUGCAUUUCUACAUACCUUUCCUAACAGUAAAGAAAUAUUAAAGAGAUUGACAGAUAUAUUCGCCAAAAACCAAACAUCAACCACUGUUUCUACUGUUUCGAACAUUACACACACAACAAAACCAACGACUACAACUGUUGGUGGUCAUGCAGCCUCAGUUAAGCUUACUCCUUCCACUACCACAACAACUACAAGGCGGAUGACUCAAACGCCUGCUGUAACAAAACCAACUACUACUAUCGUUUCUACACGUCACCUGAGACCAGAAGUGACAUCAAGCAACGGAUUACCUGGUAGAUUGGCAAUGACCUCAGUGAAUGGAGACAUCAGUUUCGGGGACGAGUCCGCAAGACGUUUGAAUAAGCUCAGAAUACCUGUCGAUGAUUACAGCGUCAGGAGAGAGCAGAGUAAGCACAAACUACAUAAUAUAUUGACAACAACCGCCCGCAAAAAUAAACAGUUUACCACAACUGAAAAACCUUUGAAGGCGACUCCAACGAACUCCGCAAUCUUUAGUCUUAAAAAUGGAAACAGAAAUAGCAAUGUUGCCGUCUAUGGUACACAAGUUUGGGGCAGUAAAGAACACCAUCAUGUGAAGGAACACAAUAGGUUUGUUAACAAUCAACCAGGUCACGGCAAAUAUAAAACGGAAACAACUGUAAGGUUUACUCCGAUGAUGACGACAAGCAAAACCACCCCAUUACACGAAAGCCGACAUUGGGUAACGCGUCAUCCAGGAGGCCGACAAGGUUCAGCAACACCACUGUCCAUGGCAAUGAAAAUGCCAUCAACUACCAAGAAAUUAGGACAUACAUACAGAGAUGAAUACCCAGCAGUAGGAACAGCACUGUCCGGAAUGUCUGCCUUCUUGCCCUUGUUCGGACAUGACAUCAUGGAAGCCGAGGGAAACAACAAACGUAUUGAACCGAACCUUAAUAACAUAUUUUCGAAAGCAUUGAAUAUUCAAUCGCCAAAUGGAAUGCAAAUCAAACAACUGCCGAGGGCGAAGCGAACCUCUUCUGGUCUCCAUUCCAUAGCCUGACUAACGUUUAUGUUAUUUCCUCCUCUUUUGUUACUACUGGUAGUUUUCGUGUUUGUUGUCGUCAUGUGGUGUAAAACUAAGGCCAUGUUUUCCCGGAAACAUAAAUAUACAAAGCUGUUAUACAAUCCCAGAGCAGAAUCCUAUAUAUCAUCAUAAAGAAGUAUGACACGGAGCAGACAAUCUAAUGGAAAUUGUAUAUGCCAUGCACUCGUUUAUCCAAUGAAAGUACUGUCCGGGGAAAUAUCAUCGAUGAACUAAUGGAGGUUCAAUACAAGGCAGUGUCAUCAGCUAUCAUAAGGAAAUAAUAUAUUGCAAGGCAAAGUAACUUAUGCAAAUACUGUAAAAAUAAUGUCAUUAUUGGACGAAUGGGGAAUCAAUAUAAGGUAGUGCCAUCGCCUAUCUAAUGAAAUAUGGUGUUAGAGAAAGUUGCUCAUGAAUAUAUAAUACAACACAGUAUUGUUAUCUAUCGAUAAAAUUAAUGAAGUAAACAUGCUUGCAUUUAAAAGAACACUGUGUUAAAGCUAAUAAAUGCUAUACAAUGCUACAGUAUCAUAAAAAUUUAAUACAACGUUAUUGCCCAACAGAUAAAGAUAUUGCACAUGCAAAAAUGCAUGGAAAUGUGGCAGUGUAAUUCUAGGCUAAGCUAAAUGAUAUCUUAAGUUUAAAAUCAAUACCACAGUACAUGUUAGACUUUAUUUGUUAGUAUUUGUAUAUAAGAUCAGUACAAAUCAUCUUUCUGCAUAUUUAAAAAAAUAUAAGAGCAAUUUUAUUGUAAAUUUGAUAAAAGGGAGCGGUAAAACCUGUAUGGAACCAGGGGUUGUUCUUCUGUGACAUUAAAUGGAAGCUGAAUCAAACCUGAAUAUAUUUCUAUUCCCUAUCUUACUUUUUAUCGAUAUUGCUAAAGGGAAAAUGUUAUUGUACUAUGAUUAAGGAUAUUGGGCGACAUACUUUAAAGGAAGAAAGGAAAUGCAAUAGAAUCGAUUUAAUGUUAUGACAUCCAUAUAAUCAAAGUCGAGUACACCUAGCAGUACAAUCAUAUAAACACCAACAUAGAGUUGCUUUGAUCCUGAUUCAUAUAUCACUUUAAAAGUCAUGUUAUUGUUGGGAUCAGUUGUAUGGCAAAUGCUAACGUUGUAAAUUUCUAAUAUAUUUCGUUUGAUUAAUCAAGAGUUCAAUUUUUGUUUAUUUCAUUUGUAGUAACCUUACUUUCGCGUCCAUUUCGUUUCUCUGUGUACACUUUGUACUUACACGUCGAGAAGUCUAUCGGUCAUAAUCAUUGCUUAAAAGCGUAAGAUCUAUGAUAACAAAAAUCAUUGUCCUGUUAACUGAUAUAAAACAAUAUAAUGUUAAAUGAUUAAAUAUAUUACUAACGAAACUGUCUUUUUCCUUGCUUAUUUUGCAAGAUAUACUAUUUUUGCACUUUGAAAAUUAUUGUUACGAUAAAAAAAAUCGUUGAUAUCGUCUAUGUCUUCUUAAUUAAGAUUAUAAUGGUAGAAACAACAUUAUGUUAUGUGUUUUUUUUAACCAUUUAAUCAACUUGAAAGUCUUUGUCUUUCCCCGAACACUGGACAUUGAUUUUGCACGUGAAUAUCCUAGAUCCUAUGAAAUUAUGUUUGAAUAAUAAUGAUUGACUAUUUUUAAGGUAAUAAAACGGAAUUAAUUAAUAUCCUGGCUAAGGAAAUUCUAAUAGCUGAAUGUUAAUAAGUGCUACUGUUUGUUUAAAAUUCCAGUAUUAAAUAGCAAUGUAUUAUUAUUUUGCGAUAAGAUUUAUUAUUCAAUUUAGAACACAUUUAGAAUGUUGUAAUAUGAUAUGUGUUUUAUAAAAAAAUGUGUUGUCUUAAGACUGUGUGUGUUUUCUUAAGAAAUAAUUUCAAAAGGUCUUGUGUUUAUAUAGUAAUAACAAGUAUCUCAGGUUAAUUAUUCUACAGUAAGAUCUAUAAGGAGUCGGUUCUAUGAACAUGUAUACUCUGGAUGUUGGUAACAUACCCUUGACAAUUUACAAAAAAGACAUAUUGGGGUGAGUUGAAUAUACAAUUACGAAAGAAUAAUGAAGCCUUGUAAUGUUUCGUUGGUAGACGUAUAAUUAAUCAAAGGGCAUUCCUUCGUUUGAAUAGUUUUGGUCGUCAAAAUUAAACUCAUUGGAAAAUAUGUAUUUUUCGAAGUAGUAAAAGUUAUAAUCUUCACAUUAAUAUAGCAGUUUUAAUCUCAAGAUAAACAAAAAUUCUUCGAGUAUUAAGUCCUGAAAAUUCUUAAUUCGACCCGAAGUAUCACUAAUUACCACAAAGACAUACGGUAUUUGUCUACAAUACGCAUUUUUCUUGUAUAUUUCGAUUUUAAUUUCAUUACUUGCAAGCACAAUCACUCAUAUAAUCAUCGUUCAGACAUAGAUCUUUUCAAUAAAAAUUGUGCAUGUUUCUGAAGUCGAAACUAAGGAAUGUCCCCUUAAGCUCACAUUCAAUUAUUUGUUAUAAGAAAUUAAACAUUUGAUAGCAAGA